AUUUUGCCGUCGCUCUUGGUGUCCUCGAUCCUUUUCCACUUCUGCCCUGUCUCAGUCCCUGACCUCCUUCCACUUGACCUCUUAGCUCGCUGCAGCCACAUUUCUCGAUGAACAAUCCAAACGCACCUCCUCUGCAAUCGCAUUACUAUCCGGCCAGCAACCCGUCGGCCUCCUGGCAGCCCCGAUCCUCGGCCGGUCCGCCGUCGUCUUCAUCGCCGUCGGCAGCAUCGUCGUCAGCACUGCCAUAUCCGCAUCAACAACGACCCCUGAUCCCGCCUGAGUACCAACCGGACUUUCAACAUGAAUAUCAAUCCGAAUUCCAGCCCGAGUUCCAGUCCGGCUUUCAGCGCAUACCGAGCCAAGGCUUCUCGUCGCUCCCGAUACCGCAACGGGAGCCCAUGUCGCCACUGCCUCGGCGGGACCCAUCGAGGCUCUCGUCGUCGACCCCGUUCCAACCGGCCCUUCCGUCUCCGUCUGGAUCGUGGCCGUCCUUGCCAGGGCGAGCCCCUGGCCUCAACCUCCCGGCCCAGUCCGAUCUCUACUCGGCCCCGCCGACCUUCCUCCCGAGACCGCCGUUUUCGGCUUCCAAGCCGCUGCCGGCCCCGACGCACCACCCUUUCGUCAUCCAGCCGCCGCCGCCGCCGCCUCCCUCGUCGCUGGCACCAUCGCUGCUCUCGGAUCGGCUGUCGUCGCAAUUCCCUGUGUCUGGCCCACUGCCGGGGCUCGAUCCGGCCCCCGUGCUGCUGUCGACCCAGGCGGCCCCAACGCAGUUGUGGGCUCCUUCCGAUGCACCGCCGUCCGUCCUCGUGCCAAAUUCGGAUCCAGCGCGAGGAUUCGCAGGACCACUUGCAGGGCCGCUUGCGGGACCACUUGCAGGGCCACUUGCAGGGCUCCAGAGAACGGCCUAUCCAGAGUACUACUUUUACGCCAACAGCGAUGGGUCGUCAAGCCAAGACUCGUUCUCCCUCUCUCUCAGCUCGCAGUUCCGCUACGAGCAGAGCCCGUCCUUCCCACUGAGCCUUACCAGCCAGCAGUUCUUUGAAACCCUUGGCAUCAAGUACCCUGAACAAGAGCCCACCCACAGCACAACUCUGCUCGCCUCCGACCAGCCCGCGAAAUCGAGCCACCCCGUCACCGCUGCCGCCUUUGCCGAUCUCCGCUCACCGGUACCCCAGCUGCUUGGCGCUAAUCCCUUUGGCUUGGGCCAGGCUUCGCCAUCGAGCCAUAUGCUUGCUGGCUCGUCCAGCUUCAACUCAGCCACAGAUCCGAAUGCCGCCAACGAGCCGCAGCCUGAUGGACUCGAUCCGACCGCCGGCCUCGUUGGCAAGCGCAAGCGCUGGGACCAUCUCAUGGCCUCGGCUCCAGAGUCAUCGCCCAAUCCCUCGGGCUCGACCUUGACAUCGGUGUCGGACUCGCCCAAGGGUUUGGACCUCGACGACCUUUCCAAAAAGAAGGGCAAGCUCGAGGAGGUGCUGGCGUGCAAGUCAUGUUCUGUCCAACGCAUCACCCUGACAUUCCACGGGCAGAUCCAGCAUCUGUCCCCAACGGUCGUCCGUGAUUUUUCGUGCUUCAUCUGCACCACCGAGUCACAAAAGUCGCAGCCGGAGGGUGCCGCCUCGGAGCAUGGCGACCGGGGAGACGAGCAAGCUUCGUCCUCGGGUACGGUGGUCCUGUCCGCCGGUCUCCUGGCUAUGCGCACCAAGCGUGCCCGAAUGGCGCCCUUCUCGCCGGACCAACCGCAGCUGAUCGACUGCCAUGUCUGCAAGCAGUCCAUCGGCACAGGUGUUGCCGCCAUCAACCUGAACGAAAAGCAUGCCGAGUACGGCGUUGAGUCGGUCUGCGCCGUCUGCCAGAAAAAGUACCAGUUUUGCACCAACUGCGGCGGCGGUGGAUACUGGCGAACGGGCAAGUGGCGGCCGAUCGAGCUGUUCGGCAACGGCCGCCGGACCUGCCGGCUGCCGCACGACCGAGUCGGCGAGCUGAACUCAGUCGAGUACCGGACACUGCACCUGCCGCUGGUCGCAGAGAGCUCGUCCACCUUCAACUCGGACGGAUACUCGUUCGUACCUGUGACAAUGUCGCAAGGGCAGAUCCAGGCCCUGAUCGACCAGAUGCGGUGUCUGUGGGUCGACAUGUGGUACAUGAAGCUCGGGCAGUCGCGCGUGAUGGAGCAUUUUGACGACUUUUCGAGCUUUGAGAAACUCAGCCACCGCAUCGAGACCCUCUGGAGCCACGACAUUCUGCCGAUGCUGACGGCCACCAAGCCCCACCGCAAGAACUAUUUGACGCUAGGCUUCAUCCCUGAGAUCAAGUCGCGCAAGCAAAAGUACCGGGCCGAGAAGGCGCGCCGUGAGAACCCGGCAGCCGCAGCGCUCAAGCGGAUGCAAGAUUCCGCCGCCGCUCGAUCCUCAGAGAGGGCCAUCGGAGCCUUUUGCACGGGCACCUGGCGCCAGCUCGAGGGCACCUUCCAGCUGACCCACCGCAUCGACCGGCGCCACGACGACCCCGGAGGUGUCAUGAUCCCGCUGGUCUACCGCAUGAUCAAGCAAUUUCUGCAGGAUGAGGCCCAGGCACGCAGUUCUGGAUUCAUCUUUCCACCGUGCCGGUAUGCCUGGUUCAUGAGCCGCAAGCCGUCCGACCGGACCACGACCGCCCACGACGACAUUGGCUCUCCCCUGACCGUCGACAGCGACCUCUCCGAAAACACCAUCACCAAGACCUAUGUGGACCCCUAUCGCAUCCAGCUGCGUCGCCAGGGCUUUGUGCCGCUGCAAGAGUAUCGCAAGGAUCACCCCGAGAUUGAUUCGUACAACUUCGAGGAUCCCAUCAGCUUCCCGCAGGAUAUCGCCCACAACUUUGACAUCUUCAUCAUCGAGAUGCCCCGAUACGUCGAGUUCCUCAGCACCGCAGCCUCCCGGAUGUAGAGCGUGUAUCUCCAUCUCCCCCCCCCUCAGCGAGAUGCCGCUCACCAACUCCCAUGGAGACGCUUCCCGUAACCCCUUGCUUCUGCGCAGGCCUCUGGAAUGCACAAGCGCAAAGGACAACUUCCAUUUCUGCCCUCUAUGGCUCCAGCUCGCCACCUCUAUGUAUAUUUGCUUUGCCCGCUGCUACGUGCUAUUUAUUGGUGACGCUCGGCUACGCGACCCGGGCCAUGGAUCGAACUC